UCACUUUGAGUUUGACACUGACAACUAGACUUACAUUUUGUCUCGUGUUUUAGGUUAGAUUGUGUGAUACGUAAACAAAACUGAUUAUUUUGUAAUUGUUUUCAAUAAAUCGCAUUACAUUUAGGCAACAAAAUGAAAAAAGAAGAAGUUCAAGAAAUAUUUCUCAAGAUACUGAGAGAAGAAGAGGAUGUAUCAGCCGGGGUGGCCGCUAUAAGAACCCUUCUAUCUGUAAUAGAGAAUUACAAAGUGGCAACAGUGAGAGAGCUGGAUCUGAACCUACAGCUGGCCGUGGAUGCCAUGAAGCACUGCGACCAGCCCGUCACCGCCAUCUCAUCGGGAUGUGAACUGUUCAUGAGGUUCAUUACUUUUGCCAAACUUGAUACUAAUUCAUUUGAGGAAUGUGAACAAAUCAUGCUGCAAAGAGGUCACAUAUUCCUGAACACCUUACUGGAAGCAAGAUCCAAAGUGGUUAAAGAAUCAAUGCCAUUUAUCACUGAUGGAUGUAGUAUAUUGACACAUUCGAGGUCGAGAGUUGUGUUGCAAGCCAUGUUAGAAGCAGCAAAAGCCAACAAAAGAUUUAAAGUAUAUGUCACAAUGUCUAGUCCAGACAAUAGUGGUAUUCUGAUGCACAAGCAGCUGGUAGCGGCAGGCGUUGAUGCCACUCUCAUCCUUGACGCGGCAAUGGGAUAUAUUAUGGAACAAGUUGACAUGGUCAUGAUUGGAGCUGAAGGAGUUACGGAGAGUGGCGGAAUUAUUAAUAAAAUUGGAACAUACUCCCUAGGCAUGGCAGCUCUAGAUCUCAGGAAACCAGUCUACGUCCUAGCAGAGAGCUUCAAAUUCUCUAGAAUAUACCCGUUGAACCAGCGAGACUUACCCAACGAAUUCAAGUAUUUAUCCAGCGUACUGAAAUCUGGCAAGGAUCUGACGACACAGCACCCACUAGUGGACUACACGCCGCCUUUGUAUAUAACCUUGCUGUUCACCGAUAUAGGAAUGUUAACACCGUCCGCGGUUAGUGACGAACUUAUUAAACUGUAUUUGUAAA